AUGGCUCCAAAGCUGGCCUUCCUCUUUGCUAUUGUUGUUUUACCAGCCAUUGUUUUGGCUAAGGAUCAUGUGGUUGGAGAUGAGAAGGGAUGGACCAUCAACUUUGAUUACAAUGCAUGGGCUGAGGGCAAAGAAUUCACUUUGAAGCAACAGUCUAAAUGUUUGGUACUUGUAGCAUUCAACUAUCCUCUAGGAGUACACAACCUGGUGAAAGUGAAUGCCUCCGGCUUUGAGAGCUGCAUUAAGGAGCCAAACAAUGGUAUAAUGAAUUCUGGAUCUGAUAAAAUUACCUUGGCAACCCCUGGGAACAAGUGGUACAUUUGCACCUCUGGCCAGCAUUGUGCAGUUGGUGGUCAAAAGCUGAAGAUCACCGUCUCUGAAGGGACCCUGGCUCCUGGUGCCCAAGGGCCUACAAGCUCAGCAAAGCCAAACACUGUUAAUGGGCGCACUGUCUUUUUUGGGGCCAUCUUCUUCUUGGUGCUAGUUGUGAUCAACUAG